GUGGUUAUGUACUCUGUGCGGUGUGCUCUAAACUCUUUACUCUGACUGUGUUAUAAACUUCCUACGAAAUAAUAGCUUAAAUUCACAUUUCAGUUUUCACAAACUGAAUUGCAUUAUUGCAAAUAUAGGUAGAUAAUAUUUAUUAGGCAUUAGAUCUGUGAUCUAUGUUUAUGCCUUUUAAUAAUUGCCACUAUUGCCUUCAUUGUAAUUUGUCUAUUUCAUUUAUCGUUGUAAUUUUAUAAAACUUAAAAUGAAAUCGAAAAAGCGUCACCAUGAUAGUUCAGAGGAAUCUGAGGAGUCGGAUGCUAGUAUAAAAUCUAGCAGUUCGUCCGACAGUGAUAGUGAUGAUUCUUCACUAUCGGAACAUCGACAUAAGAAGAAAAGAAAACGUGCUGAAUCUUCAGAUUCAGAUAGUAACAGCGAUGACCAGAAACGUGUGAAGAAACGCAAGCACAAGAAAAAGAAGAAGAAGCAUAACAAGAAAAAGCGUCGAUCACAAUCAUAUGACGAUGUUUCCGACGAUGCUAUUUCUAUUAGCGAAGGUGAAAUCUCUCCUAAGAAAAAGAAAAAGCACAAACAUAAGCAUUCCAAACGAUCUCAGAGUUCCGUCAGUGGAGAUGAAGAUUAUGACAACAAGUCCGAGCGUCGCUUGCAUAGCGUCGUAAAAGAACGUAGACCAUCUUCAGAAGAAGGUAUUCAACCAUCUCGGACAUAUUACCAAAAAGAAUAUCAUAGAUCGGCUUCUGGUGAAGAUUAUGUACGUGAACCUCAGAAGUACUACCAGGAAUCAAGUAGACCGCGUCACCACGAGUACCAGGACAGUUACAACUAUGAUCGAGACAGGAACGAAAGAUUUGCACCACAAGAUGAAAAGUUCGAAAGACAGAGGGACAAAUAUCGUCAAAAUGCACCUUUCGUUCCCAAUGAAGAAUACAGUGGACGGCAAAGGGAUUAUGAUGAAUACAAAAGGAAUCCCAGAUAUGAAGAUCAAAGGAGGGAUGAAGACCAUUAUAGGAGGGAAAGAGAUGUGCCAUAUGAGUCUAGAGAAGACAUGAGAGGAAAUAAUAGAUACAAUCGUUACGAAAGGGCUCCCAAACGGCGAGAAUUUGGCGAAGCACGAGAUUAUCGUGAGAGACGGGGACCAGCCGAGCCCGACCGUUACCGCGACAAGGACAGAUUGCAAGAAGACAGAUACUCACCAGAAAGGAGCCGAGACGUUCGUCGCGAGAGACCCGGCAGAAGCGACAAACCGCCGGUUCCAGUUCGUGGGGAUCACUCGACUUCCAAGAGUCCCGAAGAUCGGUACAGGGACACGAGAAGACGGGAGCGAACGGCGGAGAGGGAAGAGAAAGCGGAGAGAGGGAAGAGAGCGGAGAGAAGCGAAGGGGGGGAGCGGGAGGAGAGGCCGCGCGAGCGCUCCCGCGACGAGCGCCGCGACCGCCCGGCCCACCGCAAGUCCAGAUUUGAAAACGCAAGCGACAAUAAGGAAUAUACAUGGGGUAAGACCGAAGUAAAGAACGAGAACGAUAAAAACCCGGGGGACAAAGAGAAACCGAACUUUGGUUUGUCUGGAAAACUAACCGCGGAUGCGAAUACCGUCAACGGCGUCGUCAUAAAGUAUACCGAGCCCGACGACGCCAAGCAGCCGAAGCGACGCUGGAGGUUCUACCCGUUCAAGGGCGACAAGGCGCUGCCGAUCCUGUACAUCCACCGCCAGUCGUGCUUCGUGAUCGGGCGCGACAAGAAGGUGGUGGACAUCGCGCUGGAGCACCCGUCCAUCAGCAAGCAGCACGCCGCGCUGCAGUACCGCGCCACGCCCUUCGCGCGCGCCGACGGCUCGCAGGCGCGCCGCGUGCGCCCCUACCUCGUGGACCUGGAUUCGGCAAACGGUACAUUUGUAAACAACAAGAAAGUGGAGCCGCGCCGCUACGUGGAGCUGCUGGAGAGGGACGUCGUCAAGUUCGGUUUCUCGCAGCGGGAGUACGUCCUGUUGCACGAAAACAGCAAAGAUGACGCCCAGGAUGACGAUCAGGAGCCGAACCUGGCUCUCGCCACCACGGACCAGAUCAAGCAGGAGAAGAGGGCUCAGGAGGUGGCGGCGGCCGACGGAGAGUAGAUUUAUAUUAUCAUUGUUUAAAGUGAACUGUUCGAUUAAUAAACUUCAGCAGUUCACACUUCAUAGACGUGAGUUAUUAUAUCACUUAUAAUAACUAAGUUAUCAAAAUAGUUUCCUUUUCUAUUAUAGCUUAGAUGAUUUAUCUUAGGAGUUGGUUAAACGGGCAGGCCGAUUAGCUGAUUGCGAAAAUGUUUAAAGAAUAUGGAAAUACGGUAUCCCGUUGAGCAUAUUUUAAUCUAUGCUUUUGUUAUCGGUAGAGAUUUGUUUAAUUUUUAUUAGUAGCGCGUAGACGAUCACUAAUAAAUCAAUCUCUAUUAAAGAUGCUAAAUUAUAUAUUGUAGUUGUAGCCAAUUAGUGCAUAUUGACGUACUUUAAUGUUCAAAUAUUUGCAAACGAAUAUAAAAUAUUUCUACACAUUUGGUAGAGUCACAGAAUAUUAUUUUUGACAGAUUUUAAUAGGUAUAAAUAUCAUUCUCGACGAGUAGUAUAUCCAAUAGUUUAGUUUAAGGCGAAUAGGAGUAAAUGAAACGCUACGUUACUGUUACAUACGACGUCUCCGAUUUAUUAAAAACAGAUCAUAGAAGAACCAUCUACAUAUUUUUGUUAAAAUAAGUUCUAGCAAUAAAAUAAAUGCAUAACUAUUAUGA